GUGGGGAAUUUAAUUUGAUAUCCAAUCUAUCCUCAGAUUAAAAGUGUAGUAAGAUCCAGGGAUUCGGAUAAGACUUCCACGUCAUCGUAUGACAUUAUAAAAUGUCACUACCUUUCUCCCCAAAUUCAGCACAAUCCAUUCUCAUUUUUACUCAUCGUCUUCAACCUUCAUUCAACCAAUCUUUCCUUCCUUCUCACCCUUGUUUGAUUCCUCGGGGAAAUUUGCAGUCGAAGCCCCCAAAAAAAAAAUGUUGGCCAUCUUCAAGAAAGGUGUGGUGAAUCCACCUCAGGAGCUCAACAGCCCAGCCUACCCUCCUUCCUCCUCCUCAUCUUCCUCCCCGCGGCCACCGAAGCUCCCGCACCAGAUCGUCGACGAAUUCCUCUCCUCCAACCCUUCCGAUUCCUUCUCGAUCAAGUUCCGCGACAAUGCCCUGCUCGCCUGCGUCCCACGCCGCAGCUCCCUCGGCGCUCACCAGAGGGUGUUCUGCGGAGUGAACGACGUCUACUGCGUGUUCACGGGCAGCUUGAUCAACCUCUGCAGCUUGAACAAGCAGUACGGCCUCUCCAAGGGCACCAACGAGGCAAUGUUCGUGAUCCAGGCGUAUCUCACCCUUCGUGAUCGCGGCCCUUACCCUGCUCACAAGGUCCUCAAGGACCUCGAGGGCGAAUUCGGAUUCGUCCUCUACGACUCCAAGUCGGGCCGGGUCUUUGCUGCUCGAGGAGCCGGCGAGGAGGGAGUGGGGCUGUACUGGGGAAUAGCAGCCGACGGCUCCGUCGUGAUUACAGACAACUUGGAUGGGAUGAAGGGGAGCUGCGGGAAGUCGUUUGCUCAGUUCCCCGCCGGGUUCAUGUUCGAGAGCGAGGAAGGGCUGACGAGCUUCGAGCAUCCGUGGAGCGAGAUCAGAGCCAUGCCGAGAAUCGACAGCGAGGGAGUCAUGUGCGGAGCUGAUUUCAAGGUCGAUCUGCAGUCCAGGGCUGCUACUGCUGGUAGUACAAUGCCGCGAGUCGGCAGCGAGGCCAACUGGGCUCUGGGCGGUUCACAAGCCUGAAAGUUCAUUUCUUCCUAGCGACUUUGAUGUAGAAUCUGAGAUCUAUCUAACUUCGAAUGUUGUUUCUUUGAUUAUGUUCUUUUUCUGUUGUUGAUGAUGUGCUGUUUUAGUUACGAGUCUUGGGUUUGUGAUGAUUUCAUGGUGGAAGAGAGAAAAAGGGAUUCGUCCCUGUAUAAUGUAAAUAUGUUCUAUGGUUCCAUUGAAUGAUUUUU